AAUGUCCGCCUGGUAGAUCGAAUAUCUUCUAAAAAAGCAGCCCUAGGGACUUUGUAUUUGACAGCUACUCAUGUCAUAUUCGUGGAAAAUGCACCUGAUGCAAGGAAAGAAACUUGGAUUCUUCACAGUCAAAUUUCUACUAUUGAAAAGCAGGCAACAACGGCUACUGGAUGCCCUCUGCUUAUUCGCUGCAAGAACUUUCAGACAGUACAACUCAUCAUACCACAAGAAAGAGAUUGCCAUGAUGUGUACAUCUCUCUGAUACGCCUCGCAAGGCCAGUGAAAUAUGAGGAGCUGUACUGCUUUUCAUUCAACCCCAAGCUUGAUAAAGAAGAGAGAGAACAAGGCUGGCUACUGAUUGACCUCAGUGAAGAGUACAAGCGGAUGGGCCUCCCUAAUAACUAUUGGCAGCUCAGCGAUGUGAAUAGAGACUACAGAGUUUGUGACUCUUACCCUACUGAGUUAUAUGUUCCCAAAUCGGCCACAGCACACAUCAUCGUAGGGAGUUCCAAAUUCCGGAGUAGACGGCGAUUUCCUGCCCUUUCUUACUACUGUAAAGAUAACCACGCCUCCAUCUGUCGGAGCAGCCAGCCCUUGUCUGGCUUCAGUGCCCGGUGCCUGGAGGAUGAGCAGAUGCUCCAGGCCAUCAGAAAAGCCAAUCCAGAAAGUGACUUCAUAUAUGUUGUUGACACUCGACCUAAACUUAAUGCAAUGGCAAACCGAGCUGCAGGGAAAGGCUAUGAGAAUGAAGACAAUUAUUCCAAUAUCAAGUUUCAGUUUAUUGGAAUAGAGAACAUCCAUGUCAUGAGGAACAGUCUGCAAAAAAUGCUGGAAGUGUGUGAACUUAAAUCUCCCUUGAUGAGUGAUUUCCUGUGGGGACUGGAGAACUCUGGCUGGUUAAGGCACAUUAAGGCCAUUAUGGAUGCAGGAAUCUUCAUUGCAAAGGCAGUUUCCGAGGAAGGAGCAAGUGUACUUGUUCACUGUUCUGAUGGCUGGGAUAGGACAGCGCAGGUGUGCUCAGUGGCCAGCCUCCUGCUGGACUCUCACUACCGGACUCUCAAGGGCUUCAUGGUAUUAAUUGAAAAGGACUGGAUUUCCUUUGGUCAUAAGUUUAAUCACAGAUAUGGCAAUCUAGAUGGUGACCCAAAAGAAAUCUCUCCAGUUAUUGACCAGUUCAUUGAAUGUGUUUGGCAGUUAAUGGAACAAUUUCCCUGUGCCUUUGAGUUCAAUGAGAGGUUUUUAAUUCACAUUCAACAUCACAUUUAUUCCUGCCAAUUUGGAAACUUCCUAUGUAACAGUCAAAAGGAGAGACGAGAACUCAAAAUUCAAGAAAGAACAUACUCUUUAUGGGAUCACCUGUGGAAGAAUCGAGCUGACUACCUUAAUCCUCUGUUUAGAGCUGAUCAUAGUCAGACCCAGGGAACUCUUCAUCUCCCCACAACACCAUGCAACUUCAUGUACAAGUUUUGGAGUGGCAUGUAUAAUCGCUUUGAAAAGGGGAUGCAGCCCCGACAGUCAGUUACAGAUUACCUUAUGGCAGUGAAGGAGGAAACUCAGCAGCUGGAGGAAGAACUAGAAGCCCUCGAAGAAAGGCUGGAAAAAAUUCAAAAAGUCCAGUUAAAUUGCACUAAGGUGAAGAGUAAGCAAAGUGAACCCAGCAAAUACUCAGGGUUUUCUACCUCAGACAACAGCACAGCCAACACACCCCAGGAUUACAGUGGAAAUAUGAAAUCAUUUCCAUCUAGGAGCCCUUCACAAGGAGAUGAAGAUUCUGCUCUGAUUCUAACACAAGACAAUUUGAAAAGCUCAGAUCCAGAUCUGUCAGCCAACAGUGAUCAAGAGUCUGGCGUGGAAGAUCUGAGCUGUCGUUCUCCAAGUGGUGGUGAAUGUGCACCGAGUGAAGACAGUGGGAAAGACCGAGAUUCUGAUGAAGCAGUCUUUCUCACAGCAUGAAGUUUCCCCUUGAAGUUCCAAAAUAAAAGACACAUAAGAAAUACUUCCAAAAAUAAGGGAACUGUGCAAUUUAAAAUAAAAAUCUCAAGAAAUCGUACUUGUCACCAGGAAUUAUAAAUUUUAGGUACAAAAAGGGAAAUAGUAGCCUACUUUUAGUUUUGUUAAGAUGUUGACAGACAGGAAACAGCCAUUUUAUCUAAAAUA